UGAUAUAAAGUGAAGCGGAACUGUUUGUGUUCAUUUCUUCUUUCGUGUUACGCCAGCCAGGUUCAUAUUGUAAUAAAUACGCGCGUGCGCUAUUUACGGAAAUAGUUGCAAAUUAGAUUUUUUAUUUAUAAAAUAUUUUGUUAAUGCAACAAGUGCAAUCGGUUUUGAAAUAUAUUAAUAUUAGAAAAAAAAAUAAAACAAAACUAUAACAGUAAACAAGAAUAAAUAAUAAUGGAAACUAAACAACAACAAAUGGAAACCAAUAUACAAAACUUUUAUAAAAACAAAGUUGUAUUUUUGACAGGCGGUACCGGAUUUUUAGGAAAAGUGUUAAUUGAAAAACUUUUACGUUCCACCGAUGUGGCUAAGGUCUAUGUAUUAACACGACCCAAGGCAGGCGUCGAUAUCAAUGAACGUUUCAGCAAAAUCCUAAAAGAUCCCCUUUUUGAAAAACUAUGCACCAUCAAACCGAAUCCAAUGAAAUAUAUUAAACCCAUUGCUGGCGAUUGUACACUGUCAAAUUUGGGAAUAUCAAGUGCGGAAGAUCGUAAAGAGUUAAUUGAAAACGUUGAUAUUGUUAUGCAUGUGGCAGCAACAGUCAGAUUUAAUGAACCACUGAGCAAUGCUACAAAAAUAAAUGUGCAAGCAACCGUGGAAUUAAUAAAUUUAGCAAAAGAAAUGAAAAAACUUAAAUCCUUUGUUCAUGUCUCCUCGGCAUUUGCCAAUUGUUUGGUAUUUAAUGCCAGCGAAACCUACUAUACCGAACACAUGGGCAUAACCAGUGAUAAAUUACUUCAAAUCCAAGAUGUACUGGGUGAUAAAAUAUUGGAUCGCAUGGAAAGUGAGUUGGUGGGAAAGUUUCCCAAUACCUAUUGCUAUACAAAAUCACUGGCUGAAGAGGCAGUAUUAACCAAGGCCAAUACAUUGCCAAUAUGUAUAUUUAGACCAGGAAUAAUUUUGCCCACUUGUGAUGAACCUUUGAACGGUUGGAUAGAUAACUUAUAUGGACCCAUGAGUGUGCUGUAUGGCAGUGCCUAUGGUGUUCUAAGGGUCAUGUAUGGUUGUGCCACAAAUAAAGCGGGUUUAGUGCCAGUAGAUUUUUGUGCCAAUAUGAUGUUAGCCUGUGGUUGGUAUACAGCAACUGCCGUUAAACAAAUACCAUCCAAGGAUCCUCCGAUUUACAGUUUGGUGCCCGAUGAAUCGAAUCUUUUAGAAUGGGGCGCCUAUAAGAAGUAUGUGGAAUUGCAUGGUGUUAAAAUUCCCUUGUCCACCAUGAUUUGGUAUCCAUUUCUAAUAUUCGCCAGCAAUAUGUGGUAUUAUAAAUUUUUAUGUUUUGUUUAUCACACUGUGCCCGGUUAUUUGAUUGAUUUUCUGCUGUUAAUUAUCGGCAAGAAACCGAGAAUGACCAAGGCUUACAAAAAGAUUCAUAUGCAAUGUGGUUUGUUGCGUUAUUUCCUAGACAAUGAAUUUACUUUCGAUACUACGAAUGCAAAACAAUUGUGGAAGUGUAUGAGUCCCGAAGAUCAAAAACUAUUUAAAUUUGAUAUGAAAUCCUUAAAUUGGAGCGAUUAUUUUUACAAUAGUUUGUUUGGUUUAAGGAGAUUUUUGGCCAAGGAUGAACCGGAUACUAUACCCAAAGCCAAGAAAUUAUUAAGGAGAUUAUAUUUUGCUCAUUGUACUGUUCAGACUUUGGUAUGUGUUGGAGUUCUGUGGCUGUUAUGGAUUACUUUGAAAUUCAUUUUCCUCUCUUAGUUUUAGUAAUUAGUUUUUAAUUUUUGUUUGUAAAAAAAAUAGUAGUUAUAAUUUAUUUCUAAGGGUUUUUAUAAUAAAAAUCAUAAAUGGUUUAGAAGAAUUAUCGAAUUGAUUAAAUAAAAAAUUAAAAUGUUGCAAUAAAAAUAAUUGCUUAAAGAUUUGUAUGAUAAAAUAUUAA